AACGCAACUAUAUAUAGAUGUUUUCAUGAUAUAUAAUACGGAGUACUAGGUUGGUGAUGAAACAAGAUAGCGUGGGGCCCUUUGUUAUACGUGUCGGACCCAGCAUCUACAAACUGAAAAAGAUAAAACCUUAUCCACAGUAAAUCUCUACUCUUCCUUUCAAAUCUUUUGUUUUCUCCCCCGCCGUCGUCUCUUGUUUAUUUCUCAGUCAUGUCCCUCCCAAGUUCCAAACUUUACUGCCGUUUUUCCCAGCCCCAACAAUCUUCAAUCUUACAGUUAACUGUCAAGCUGUGUCCAUGGAGGCAAUCGCUCAGUUUAACCAAUUCAAUUCCUCAAUCCUUCAAAAACCAUUCAAAAAGAAGCAGCCAAGAAAUUAUGCUACCAGUUUUAGCCUUCUCAAUAUGGCAGAAAUGCCUGCACAAACCUCACUAUCUGCCUCUCAUGAAUCAACUACUGUCAACUCCUUGCCUCUUCUUACUUCGUCUGAUGAUUUGAGUGAGCUUCAGCUUGAUUCACUUAGCUCAGUCAAAGCAAUGCACGCCCGGAUCAUAAAAAUGCCCGCUAAAUGUAAUUCUACUGCAAAGAUGCAAUCUUUGACCACAUCGUACUUGGAAGUGGGUGAUUUCACAUCUGCUGCUGUGGUGUUCUUUGUGGAUUUUGCAGAAAACUAUCUGCAUUGGAACUCUUUCUUGAAAGAGUUCAGAUCUUCAGGGGGGAACCCUUGUCAGAUUCUAGAGGUUUUUGGUCAGUUGCAUAGUAAAGGUGUGGUGUUUGAUAGUGAAGUUCUUGCUCUUGUUUUGAAAUUAUGUUCCCAGUUAAAGGAAGCAUGGUUAGGUCUGGAAGUCCAUGCUUGUUUGAUCAAGAUGGGUUUUGAUUCAAAUGUCUAUGCAAAAUCUGCACUCAUGAAUUUCUAUGGGAGGUGUUGGGGGGCUGAAGCUGCUAAUCAGGUGUUUUAUGGAACACCAAAAACAGGAUCUUUGUUGUGGAAUGAAGCUAUUUUGGUGCAUUUUAGGAAUGAGAAUUGGACAGAGGGUCUAGAAAUGUUUCAUGAGAUGCAGGGUAGAGGUAUGAAGGCUAAUAGCUUCACAAUUGCCAAAGCAUUGCAAGCCUGUGGGAAUUUGAGAGCCUUUGAUGAAGGAAAGCAGAUUCAUGGGUAUGCUUUUCGAAAUGCCUUUGAAUCAAAUUUAUUAAUCAGCAAUGCUUUGAUCAGUAUGUAUGUGAAAAAUUCCAAUCUUAAACCUGCUGAAGCUGUUUUUAUGUCAAUGGAAAAUCGUAACUUGUCCACAUGGAACACAAUGAUCUCAGGUUACACUACACAUGGUCAUCUAAACGAUGCAUGGAAGCUAUUUCUUGAACUAGAGUGUACUAGUAUAGAACCAGACAUUGUAACCUGGAAUUGCCUUUUAUCGGGUCAUUUUUCUCAUGGAUUGUAUCAGGAAGUCUUGAUAAUCCUCAGUAGAAUGCAAAUAGUUGGCUAUAAACCGAAUCCUAGAUCUCUUACUUAUGUUAUCCAAGCAAUAAGUGAAUUAGGCUCCUUGCGUCUUGGGAAAGAGGUUCACUGUUAUAUCCUAAGAAAUGGGAUGGAUCAUGAUUUGCAUGUUGGAACUUCAGUACUGGACAUGUAUGUGAAGAAUGAUGACUUAGCCAGUGCUCAAGCUGUUUUUGAUGGUAUCAAGAACAAGAACAUCUUUGCUUGGAAUUCACUAAUUUCAGGGUAUUCCUUCAAUGGCUAUUUUGAAAAAGCCAUCAAUUUCUUGAAUCAGAUGAAGGAAGAUGGCAUUAAACCAGAUUUGGUAACAUACAAUAGUCUAGUUUUUGGAUAUUCUAAGUCGGGUCAUAUUAAGGAAGCCUUGGCCACUUUACGUGAAAUAAAAAAUUCAGGGUUGAGUGUGAAUGUUGCUUCAUGGACAGCUCUAGUAUCAGGCUGCUCGAAAAACGGAUACUUUAAGGAUGCUCUUGAGUUUUCCAUUCAGAUGCAGAAUGAAGGUGUAAAGCCUAACUCAGUGACCACUGCAAGCUUACUUCGAGCUUGUGCUGGCCUCUCUUUGUUGCAGAAAGGGAAAGAGAUACACUGUUUCAGCAUCCGAAAUGGUUUUGCAGAAGAUGCAUUUGUAUCCACAGCUCUAAUUGACAUGUAUAGCAAAUGUGGCAGCAUAAAAAAUGCCUACAAGGUUUUCCAGAGAAUUCAGAACAAAAUUCUAGCUUCUUGGAAUUCCAUGCUUAUGGGAUUUGCAACUUAUGGCCUAGGUAAGGAGGCGAUUUCACUAUUCAAUAAAAUGCUUCAGGAAAAAAUUCAACCAGACGCUAUAACUUUUACAGCUGUUCUCUCGAGCUGUAAGCAUUCUGGACUAAUUGAUGAAGGUUGGAAAUGCUUUGACAGUAUGGAAACAGAUUUUGGUGUUAGCCCCACAAUUGAGCAUUACUCUUGCAUGGUUGAUCUUCUUGGAAAAGCUGGUUUUCUAGAUGAAGCAUGGGACUUUGUUCAGUCAAUGCCAAUGAACCCUGAUUCUACAAUCUGGGGAGCUCUUCUUGCUUCAUGUAAAGUCCAUGGCAACUUGGAACUUGGAGAAAUAGCUGCAAAGAUGCUGUUCAAAUUAGAACCAUAUAACACAGCUAACUAUGUGUUGAUGAUUAAUAUGUAUGCAGCAUCUAACAGAUGGCAGGAUGUGAGCCGCAUAAAAGAAAUGAUGAAUGAUGCAGUGGGAGCGAGAACAGAACAUGUUUGGAGCUGGCUACAAAUCGAUCAGAAGAUUCACAUCUUCUCUGCAGUUGGAAAACCACAUCCAGAUGAAGGAAUCAUCUAUUUUGAGCUGUACAAGUUGAUUUCUGAGAUGAAGCUGUUGGGGUAUGUGCCUGAUACUACAUGCGUUUAUCAGAACAUUGACGAACCAGAAAAGGAGUUGCUUCAUCACACAGAGAAACUGGCAAUUACAUAUGGUCUAAUCAAAAGCAGAAGUUGCAGCCCAGUUCGGGUGAUUAAGAACACAAAAGUUUGCUCCGACUGUCACAUGGUGGCAAAAUAUAUGUCCCUGUUGAGGAAUAGGGAGAUUUUCCUGAAAGAUGGCUCGCGUUUUCAUCAUUUCAAGAAUGGUAAGUGCUCCUGCAAUGACUUCUGGUAGGGGUGUAAGCAUCACCAUAGAUGUUCGAGAUUAGCAGAAGUGUUCAGCCUGUAGCAUUCACUUUACAAAUUCAAACUGUAAAUAUGACAGUGAAAAUUAAUGGAAAUCCAGAAGCUUUGAUGUA